CUUCCAUAUUUGACGGCCACAGAGGGAGAAGGCAAAAUUGGCCUUCUUCUAUCUCUCUCUCUCGUUUUCAUUCUCAUUUUCCCUUGAAGAUUUAUUUAUUUUUUUGUUGUCUGGGGAAAACGAAGCAGACGGAGGAAGUCAAACACCACCGUUUUGAAGUGUCAGAACCUUAAUUACUGCGUUGGUGGAUCCGCUGACAUUAAAUCUGGUGAGAUAUAUCAGACAAUGAUUCGUGCAAAGCACAUUAGUAAUCUUUCCAGUUCAGCAAGAUCCUUUUUUCUUAGCGGAACGAGACCUAGUGCAGCUGAUGGUACCUCUUGUACAACCCCUGAGGAUGAAAGUUGCGUCUCAAAACGCCAGCAAAUUAGGACUGAAGUUGUACAUACUGGUAAAAGAGCAUCUAACUUAGCAGCUGGACUAGCCGGAAAUAUAUUACCAGUAGAAGCUGGUAAACCACUUGCGGUCCCGAAGACGGUUGAGCAUUUCACCCGUCCAUCUCAUCUUCCGCAGCUUGUAUCGUCUCCUGCUUUGCCGGGGAAAGCAGAUUCUGUAAAUCAUGCUUCUGCUAUUAUUAAAAAUGAUGUGGGGGCACCUAUUGGGGAUCAGAUAUUCAAGGCUGGUAUUGGAACUGUAAGUUUAUUAUCAGAUAUAGCAAAUUAUAAGAUCCCUUUAUCAGAUGGAACUGAAGUCGUUGGUUUGCCUAAAAGCUGUAUGGUUGAUCCUACCGGGCCUAUUUCAAGUGUGAAGUUGUCAAAUGUGAAAGUCAUCAGAAGAGAGCACCUUGCUAAAGUCUACCCUAGGUCCGCUCCCAAAGAUUCAUCAGACAGAGUUCCUAUAAACAGCUCUCCAGGUACUAAGCAAGUAUCAAAUGACGUUGCAGAGAAGUCGUUUGCAUCUCAUGAUUUACUCUCAAACACUGCCUCUGGAAAAAGGAAAAGUAUGCCACAAAGAUCCAAUAUUGAUACGACCAGGUAUGCGUCGGGUGAUUGUGACUAUAACGUGCAUUCUUCUGAUGACAGGACGAUGAUAUCUUCUGUUGAAGGUUUCUGUAAACCCUCAAAGGAAAUGAUGAGAGUGGCUCCAGGGACUGCUCCAACACCUAGGCAGUAUUGUAACCCUGGAUAUGUUGUCGAAAAUGUUUCUAGUAUACUGCGGAGAUUCAAAUGGGGACAUGCUGCUGAAGAGGCUCUUCACAAUUUUGGUUUCAGGAUGGAUGCAUACCAAGCAAACCAAGUUCUUAAGCAGAUGGAUAAUUAUGUGAAUGCGCUUGGUUUCUUCUAUUGGCUGAAAAGGCAACCUGGGUUUAAGCAUGACGGGCAUACUUAUACCACUAUGGUAGGUAAUCUUGGUCGUGCAAAGCAAUUUGGUGAGAUAAACAAGCUUCUUGAUGAGAUGGUUAGAGAUGGAUGUCAGCCAAAUACUGUUACGUAUAACCGACUUAUCCAUAGCUAUGGCCGUGCUAAUUAUCUCAAUGAAGCUAUGAAUGUUUUUAAUCAAAUGCAAGAGGCUGGAUGUGAGCCUGACCGAGUAACUUACUGUACCCUGAUAGACAUCCACGCUAAAGCUGGAUUUCUUGACAUUGCCAUGGACAUGUACCAGAGAAUGCAAGCAGCAGGUCUUUCUCCUGAUACUUUCACCUACAGUGUUAUAAUAAACUGUCUUGGAAAAGCAGGCCAUUUACCUGCUGCCCAUAGGCUCUUCUGUGAAAUGGUUGGUCAAGGUUGUACCCCUAAUUUGGUCACAUUCAACAUCAUGAUAGCUUUGCAUGCCAAGGCGAGGAAUUAUGAGACUGCGUUGAAGCUCUACCGAGACAUGCAAAACGCCGGGUUUCAACCAGACAAAGUGACAUACAGUAUUGUUAUGGAGGUGCUUGGCCACUGUGGAUUUCUUGAGGAAGCAGAGGGUGUUUUCGCUGAGAUGCAACAUAAGAAAUGGGUUCCUGAUGAACCGGUUUAUGGUCUUUUGGUGGACUUGUGGGGAAAAGCUGGCAAUGUGGAAAAAGCUUGGCAAUGGUAUCAAGCAAUGAUUCACGCCGGUCUUCGACCUAAUGUUCCCACUUGUAAUUCCCUUCUCAGCACUUUCCUUAGGCUUCACAGGAUGUCUGAAGCCUAUAACUUACUACAAAGCAUGCUGACGCUUGGUCUACAUCCUUCUUUGCAGACAUACACGUUACUAUUGAGUUGUUGCACAGAUGCUCGUUCAAACUUUGACAUGGGAUUUUGUGGCGAGCUAAUGGCAGUCUCAGGUCAUCCGGCUCACAUCUUUCUCCUUAAAAUGCCACCUGCAGGUCCUGAUGGCCAAAAUGUGCGUGAUCAUGUUAGCAACUUUCUUGAUUUUAUGCACAGUGAGGACAGAGAGAGCAAGCGGGGACUAAUGGACGCAGUAGUGGAUUUUCUCCACAAGUCAGGUCUUAAAGAAGAGGCUGGCUCGGUGUGGGAAGUGGCUGCAAUUAAGAAUGUGUAUCCAGAUGCAUUGAGGGAGAAAAGCUGCAGCUAUUGGCUUAUCAAUCUCCAUGUAAUGUCGGAAGGAACUGCAGUCAUCGCACUUUCUAGGACACUUGCAUGGUUCCGUAAGCAGAUGUUGGUUUCAGGUGACUGUCCUUCACGGAUUGAUAUAGUAACUGGUUGGGGAAGACGAAGUAGAGUCACGGGCACGUCGAUGGUGAGACAAGCAGUUGAGGAAUUGCUUAACAUCUUCAACUUCCCGUUUUUCACUGAGAAUGGGAACUCAGGCUGUUUUGUAGGAUGCGGAGAGCCUCUCAAGAAGUGGUUGCUUGAAUCAUAUGUUGAGAGAAUGCAUUUGCUCUAGUUGUAGAUUAGGUGGUUUGUUUUAUUCUUUUAAGGCCUCUUGAGUUUUUUGAGCCUCUGACAGAAUCUCAGUGGUUUGGUUUUGUAAUAUCAUAAGUUAAAGGUUAGUGAUGACUGGAACUUAUCUCCAGAUUUUGUCCUCAGGUCAACACUUUCUCCUCUUGCAAUUGGUUGUAGUGGGAGCAUAUAAAUCAAUAUUUGAGGGUGAUACGACCCUAAUUUA